AGCUUCAUCACGAUACUACUUUGCAUUUCUGAAGAGGGAAGAAGAAAUCAAUAUGCAAAUUCAAUUCCAUGGUUUUGGAAGUCCCAUUGAGAACACGAUUCAUUUGCGCCGGCAUAAUGCUCUGACCGAGAAAGAAUUGAAGGAAAAAAACAAUGAAAGUGCCGUUAAUUUUUUGCAUGGCGAGCUGCUGCAUACUAACCGGUCUCACACCAUUAACAUCACCUUGCCCUUGUGGAUAUGGAUCAAGUUCUCAAAGCUGACAGAAGAUUGAAACCACUUGGAUUAUGUGACGAUGAACCUACCCCGGAAGAGAGAGCCCAGAGAAUUGCCAAAGCUGUCCGCAAACAGUCAACAGAAGUGAAGGAAAAUUGGGAGCAAUUGAAAACCCGUGCGAGCAACUGGCAGAAACAGGUGGAAAAGGUGUUGGAGAAACUUCAAGAACUGCAGAAAGCUCUGGAUGAUCUUGAGGCUCAUGUGAUAACAGCUGAGGGGGUCCACACUGAUUGGCAACCUGUGGGUGACCUGCUUAUUGACUCAUUGCAGGAUCACAUUAAUAAAACCACAAAUCAGAGUUGGCCAGUGUGGAAGGAGGUCGUUUGGCAUAUCAUAGCUCUUUGAAGUGACUCCCCAAUUCGUCCCCCUCUGCUUGGCAAUGACUUCAACCACUUAUAAAAUCUCUUUAAUGGAGGGAAACUUUGAAGGCGUCUGAAAGGAGUAUUCACGAUCCCAGAAGACAACUGAGCCUAAUUAAGUUCUUAGUUCUGACGAUCAAGAGCUUGAUGAAAGAGGAUUGUUUUAAAAAGUGCCUUAAAAGAGGAAACGUACAGAGGCUAAGAGGUGUGGGAAGUUAGCGAGUUUUGAGAAGAUUUGUUGCUCGGGUUGAGGGUCUGGAUGUGAGUUUGCUCGCUGAAGGUGUAGGAAGUCUCUUGUUGGGUUUGAAGCCGACACAAUUAAAUGUUUGGCAACUAGUCGUGGGCCAUUUGAAAUCAAGAGUGGGCAAGAGGACAUAAUUAGACGAGUGCAGAUAUCCUGAAGUAUGGUUGGACUGGUGGAGAUUACCAAAAUAGCGAUAGGCAUAGCCAAGGAACGAUUCGGAAACAAAAAUGAGAAUUUAAUAAAAUUACCGUGAAUAGUAUCAGUCAGGUAGAAAGUACAGAGAAUAGGAUUUGGUUCAAGGUGAGACUCGGGCAGUGGAGUUUUAGACGACGUCAAGUUUUCAAUGGUCAAAUGUGGGACUCCAACAGGGAAUGCAUUGGAAUUGUCAGGUCCAGAAGUGAAGUAGUUCCAGAUGAAGGUUUCACUGCUAAUGAGCCAAGACAAGAGACAGGUAGGCAGGAUUGAAAAGAUGUAAAGAGACAGCUUUAGGGAUUGCAUGAAUGUGUUGUUGGACGUUCAUCAUGGGAUAAACAAGAUGCCAAGGUUGUGCUGAGACAAGCGUAAUAUUACAUUGCAUUACUCCGCCUUGGCAACAAUCAGUAGGUAGUGAAUAGAGAUUGGUGUGGGGACCACAAAGUGGUCUUCCCAGUUUUAAAUUGUUAUCUCUACAUAGUUGCGCAACUUUAUGUUCUGUUCAAAAGGCAUUACUGACAAGGAAACAGAAGUUAGCCAUUUGUUUACUUGUCAAUAUAUCUUGAUUUUUCCACCAUGUUCUCCAA